AUGCGCGACGGCGAGUGGGAGGGGAAGCCGGGAGGAGAGGAGCUGCGCCCCGAGGCUGGGCACGCGCAGACCGGGGCCACGCACCCCAGCGGUUCUCACGCGCCGCCGGCCCCCCUCGCCCGGAGCCGGUGCUGCGCGGCGUUGGGCGGCGCGCGAGCGUCUGAGUCCUCGGGGGGCAGCAACCGAGAUGGGGGGUGGUCUAAGCGUGGAAGGGGGUUCGCGUCCUCGCCCACCUCCGCCGCACGCCUGCGCCCCAGCAACGCACUCUUGACCACCCGGACCCCGUUUCCAGGCUCCCUGCGCGUCCGCCCGCACAGCCCCGGUGCUGGGAAGCCCCGGGGAACCGAGUCCGGCCGAGAGCCUCCCGGCGCUGCCCAGGGCGCGCAGCGGGGAACCACGCCGGGAUUCGCAGCCCAACUUGGGAAGCCUCCGGGGCCGCGCGGCAGGAGGAGAAGGCUCCGCAGCUUAGCAGGGGUCGGAACGGUGGCCCUUCGGUCCCCGGCUGCGCCCGCCCCGCCUGCGCCCUGCCCCGCGCCCUGCCCCGCGCCCUGCCCCACGCCCCGCGCGUUGGGUCCCGCUGAGCCCGGCUCCUCGCGGACGCGCGGCCGGAAGGCGUCUCACUGCACCGUCUCGGCUCACCCCGGCCCUGCGUCCCCUGAACCUCCUCCAGGAGAGCGCGAGCCACUUUUCUCCCGUUACUUCGGGGACCAUCGACCCCCUCCCCCACCUCCGCCGCCCACCCGCCAGCCGCGGGGCCGGGUCAGGGUCAAGUCACAGAAGCGCACGCACCGCCAGGGCGCGGGGCUGCUCUCCCCCCCCACCCCCGCACUUUCCCAGCCAGGACGCGCGGCCCGGGAGAAGGCGCACGCCGCCCGCUGCUCGCAGGGGCAGAGCAAACGGUCCUCGAGCCGACUGUCCACUCCUCGACACCCGCUCCCCGACAUGGAACCGAGAAACGAAUCGCAGGUGAGGGGUGUCCCCCCGCCCCCAGUCACGCGGGCGCCAGGUUCCCCCCACUCCUGGAGGUCCCCGUCGCCGCGCGCCUCCCGGACGGCCCUCCUGCAGCUCUGCAGCCCCUCGGCCUCCCCGUCGCUGCCCCCGACCGCCCCGCCUCGGCCCCUCUCCCAGCCCAGCCCCCGAGCUGUCCUUCCAGACCCUAACCGGUUCCGUCUGAGAAACCCGAUGGCGAAUCUCUCUACGUCCUCCGUUGCUCGCGCGGGCGCCCAGACGCCUGACGAGAAGGACGUCGGGGUGGGGGUCGGUGCCGAGCCUCCCGCACCGCGGGGAGACGCUCGCUGUUCACACCCUUGCGCCGGGGGUCCCUGGAGGCCGGUUUCCGAAGACCCGCGCUCGGGAGCCAAGGCCCGGUCCUGGUCCCUCCGCCCUGCGUCGCGCCGGGACGGAGCAAGGACAGGAGGGCCACAGCAGGGUGGGGGAGCAGCCCCGGGCGGCGCACGCCCGAGUCCGAGUCCGGACGGCUCUGCACCCCGGACACCCCUGCUCCUGCACCGGCCCACCUCGCUCAAGCGUUGGUUCCAAGAGCCUCGGUGGCGCCCAAUCUUUGUUCCGGGCCGAACCGCACUCCGGGAGGGUCGCCUGGCCUGA